AGCAACUGUUCAAAGAGUCAAACUGAUAGUGAUCCGCAGGGACAGUGCAGUGAGUGAACUCCUCGUCGGCCUGAUCUCCCCUAACAGGUGUUGAGUGACUUCUCGGAUUGCUUUGAGGGACUUCCCCGGAAUUAAUAAACAUGAAGUACUUGGGGAUAGGCUCGAGUGGCUGAAAUGUCUCGGCCGGAAUUUCUCCAGUCAUCGGAGGAUUUUAAUUCCCCUGGACACUGGACAUGUGCUACCUGCUAAUUUAUCCGGCCUUUCUCCUGGAUUAUUCAGAAUAUUGUGAUUGACGAGGGUUUUCAUGAGGAACCUGUUGUCUGGAUAAUUGUUUAUUUAAUAAGGAUCCACCCGAGACGAUCAAAUUUAUAUUUGGUCGAGUCCACGUGACAGGGGGUGUAUGUCAACUUCUGUUGUGGGUCAACAUGAAGGGUUGAAGGUGCGAGAAUCGUUUGAUGACAUCUUGUAGGUGAAUCCAUCAUGGGAGCCGAUUACAUGAUAACAGUGGCAAUUUUACUAGCGGUUGCCAACGUCUGUCAUGCCGAGUGUCAAACGAGAUCAGUCUACUGCUACGAGUGCGACUCGUGGACUGAUUUAAGGUGCAAAGACCCUUUUAAUUAUACGGCACUUCCUAGGGAUCAGCCCCCUCUCAUGACCUGCAAUGGCUGCUGCGUCAAAAUGGUCAGAAAUCAGAGAUCACCCUACGAGAGUGUCCGGAGAACUUGCACAUCCCAACUGCAAAUAAACUUAUUUAUGGUCGACCACGUGUGCAUGAUGGAAAGUACCGGCACUGGUCACAUGUGCUUCUGUGAGGAAGAUAUGUGCAAUCGGGUAUCCCAAUCCACGUGUUCCAAUGCCCCACUUCUGCUCAUCCUAUCAACAAUCCUAAUUAUCAAUUCAAUCCUGAAGAGUCCAGGCUUGCUUAGUAGGUCACUGUGAUUAUCACCGUUUGUCAACCACACUUGAUCGUUUGUACAUUUUUAUUUUCCCGUAGAGAUCCCGAUAGAUUCUAGACCCGCUGGUCACACCUCGUCCUCAGGAAUAAUCACCGAAUUUUUUUUCACCUUCAAAGGGGGGAAUAUUUCUUGAGAUAAUAUCCAUUGCAAUUUAAUUGCAAUCGAGAGACGAUUGUGGCCAGCAUCCGGGGAUAAUUAUUCGUCAAUAAUUGCUUUUGAAAUGAUCGGGAUGAAAUCAGAGGAGGAGACUCCAGUGUUUAGUCACUCUGAUGUUCAAAUAAUUGAGAGAACAAUAAUUAAUAAUGUAUGGGACCCUGGGACAGUCCGGGACAAGCAGCAUCCUUCAUCAAUGAUUUUAUGAUAAUUAAGAAAAUUUUAUGCAAUUAGACAAGUGAUUACGAGGGCAUGGGCGUUAAUGAUUUCACUGCUAUCACGUGUUUUAGUGAGAGGUGUAGUUUGAAUUUAUUGCACUGUUCGAAAAUUACUGAGUAUAAUAACUAAUUAUUUUUUUAACUCAACUGAUUGAUUAAUUUAUAUUUCCGUGCUGAGAGGCAGUUGAGGUUUUGAGAAAAAAAUUAUUGCUGAAGCCUAGAUUUUAUUCAAUCAAAUGAAAAAUUUCUAACAGUGCACAUGUUUGAGAUUAGAUUUAUCCUAAAUUACUCGCAUUCCUAGAUAUUUUCCAAUGUGGAUUUCUCACGAACGAGAAAUUAUUGAGUGUUAGAUGCUUGAGGGCAUCAUCACAGUGUGUUUUAGUGGCAUGCCCACCACUUGUUUUUUUAUUUCGAUAUGAGAAUCGACAACUGGAAGCUGAUUUGUCCUCUGAUAUUGGAAUAAUUAUUCAGUUUCUGUGAAACAAAUUUUAGAUAAAUUUUAAACGUCAUUCAUUGAACUGCUUCUAGUUGAAGAGUCUCGGCAUCAUAACGAGUAGAUAGAUAAUUAAUUAGGUAGAAAUUUAUGAUUGUGAAGAUGCUUCAAUAUCCGAGGGGUUCUUGCAUUUCAGUUGGGGAGAGACGGAUGAAUGAACAACAUCUUCUCAAAUAUUCAAUACCACUCAAUUGAACUCACGAAUUAUCGAUAAUCAUUAAUCACACUCUCCCCUCCCUGAAUGUCAAUGUUUUUAUCAAUACUUGUUAUCGAUUUCUGUUCAUUUAGAUCCAUUACCUCUACCGUUCAUUCACGCUUAUGUUUUAGUUCAUGCUUAAUAAUUGACGUGUUGAAGUUAUUUCACGUGAUUUUUUCUCGAUCGCCGAGGGAUUAUUUAAAAAAUCGAUUUCGCUGGUGGAGAAUAAAAUUGGGGAUGAAUUACUGAAUUAAAAUAAUCAUCCGAAUUUAUUGAAUUCUUGAUAUUGGAAAAUCAUUUGGUGGAGUUAUCGGUAAUUGUUACCCAAUUUUUUUCUCUGUGCAUGUUAUUUUAAAUAUUUGCAUUCACCCAAUGAGGCUGACCUUCGAACGUAUACGAGUUGGACUUGUGGAGCUUCCAGAUGGUGAAGACUGAUGGUAAAUUGAUAGAAGAUUGAUCGAAUUGUUCCGAGUUCAGGUCUCACAGCACCGGCACUGCACGGUUGCAUGAUAUUUUAAUAACAAUUUCCGUUUCGGUUUAUUAUUCUUCCAAUCUCCAGCUGCUCGUUCCGAUCUCACGUGACAAAUAUAAAUAAUACAAAUAAUCCAAGGUCCCGAAUUAUUCCAUGGGGUCUAGUAAUCCAUGACAUUGACGUAUCAUUACAAUUGAUAAAAAUCAUAAUUACCGUGAAUAUGAUUAUUUCACUCAAUCAUCGUGGAUUGGAAUGAGUUGCUGCAACCCCACCUUCCACCCUGACGAAAAAUAAUUUAAGAAAAUCGAAGAUAAUGCACCGUGGGCCUUCAGCUCCUGUCCUCCAAGCACCCAACGACAUGCAGGAUACCAAUGGCUGAUGAUGAUCUGGAUGAUGCUGGAGGCUCGAGCUGAACGCGCACAUCCUCACAGAAAGGCUUUUUUUUACAAAGAGCCUUUUGCCAAACAAACUUCGCGCCACCCGGUUCAUUAAAAAAAAAUAAACCCGCCGAGGUUCUUUUGGCAAGCCAUGCGGCUCAUGUCGUGUCAUUUAUUCAUUUUUGCACGCGCGUCUGCGAGGCCAUUUUCCAAUUUACCCAAUUAUUCCCACAAUUAUCACCAAACAUUCACCCAUUUUCAUUGAAUUAUUUAUUUUUAUUGAGACAGUGAAUAUUGUGAGGAUUCAACUUGAAAUAUCCGGAAACACCACGCGUGACGCAAGUGCCUUAGUCUCGAUAGUUAAAUUCGCGUGGAUCGAUUCGUUGGAUUUUUAGAUUAUAAAAUAAGUUUGACACUUAAAAAACGACAACUUCUGCUGAAUAGGUUGAUUAUCACCAAGAUAAUUCAAUUGGCACCUGUGAAUGUUUAAAUAUUUUCAUUUACAUUUUAAAAUCUUCGGAUUUUUCUGCACGCACUUGUCCGGCAGAGGCGAUUCCUUUUUGCAGUGAAUUUUAUAUCUUCUUUAACGUUUCUUAUUUAAAAUAAAAAUAAUGUGGUAUUUGUUUGAUUGGUGAUCUGGCCUCGCAGUCGAAUUCCACGUGCCAUGUGAGGUAGAGAAAUAAAAAUGGAUAAAAAAAAAAUUAAUUGUCGUGAGACAUCUCCUUGGGUGUUGGCAGCCGAGCAAGAGCGCUUUUUAUAUGAAAAUCUAUACAUAUUUAAUAUAUUCUAUAUUAAUGAGAUUGACGAUAAUGUGAAAGCGAGGUAAUUGAUUCCGCAUUAUGUAAACAAUGACAUGUUUUUUACCUUUCAAUCUCUCAAUGUAUAUCAUUAUAUGAUCUAUGUUGCACCCACAUUGAGUGUCGAGACGUUGGACGCUGCACAUCUCCCCCUAUCCAUCGUUUUAUGCUGUAAUUAUUUUGUAAAAAGCGAUUAAUGUCGUUGUUGCAGCAUCCAGACGGUAUCACCGUGCACAUCGACCGGUAAUUCACUAUUUCGAAUCGUUAAUUGCUUUUAUUUUUAUCAACAAAUCGAUGAAGAAAAUAAUCUCUAUUUUAUUAUCGAACAAAAAAUGCUAAAUGUCUAAUUUAUUUUGACUGACUUUUGAAUUUUUUAUCUCAGAAUUUAUCAAUUGGAGUGAAGGGAGAGAGUUUUUAUUCUUUGUGGAUUUUUUACGGUUGACAUCUCGCCCGGGAAUUACGAAAAUUUUUUGGUUUUUUUUAUUGAAUUUUAAUUUUUACGUGGCCUUUUGUGGAAAUUCAUUUGAAAUUAUUGGAACGGUGGGAUCAUGUCGACAUGCACGGAUUAUUUCUUAGAUUUUGCUCUUGAGAUGUCGCGUAGAUAAAUUACGCCCGAUUCUCGUGAAUUUUAACAAUAAAUUCAGAUUGUUAUUAAUUAUUCAUGGAGAGAAUUUCACACCGCCGAGUCACUGUUGAAGAAUUUUAUCUGAAUUCUCCAGAGUUCUCAAGAUAUUUCAAUCAAAUUCCAGUAAUUAAUUCAGCGAUUUCUUCAACAGUCGAAUUUAUGAUCAUUUCUAGCUACACUUGCUACAAUUUUAUGAUCAACUGCGAUCACCGCAGAUUGAUAUCCAAUUACGAUUGAUAUUAACUCAUAAUUAUUGAAGAAUGAUAUACGACGUUGUUAUGAAUGUUAAAGAUUAUUUAUAAUGGGUAAUUAGGUUACCGAAAUGAUGUUAACACGUACGAGUGGAAUGAAAAAUACUGUAUUAAUCGCGGAACAAUGAAAUAUCAUAGUUGUACGUAAAAUUGUGCUCACGUUCACGCGAUUUAAUUAACAUUUGGGGAUAUCAUUAGGAUAGAAAUCAAAGAGGAGUGCGAGCAAAAGAGAGGGAUAACUGAAUGAUUUGUGAUAAAGAGGAAAGAUUAAUUGUAGAAAUCAUGUCAUAUCAUCGAUCACAUUAAAAUCUAAGUCUCCAACUGAUAUUUGUACUUUAUUGAUCGUCUGAACAUUAAAAACCAUCAUUUCAAAUA